AUGGCCGGAUUGCAGCUAAGCUCACCAUGGGAUACUGAGCUUCCCCAGGCCUGUCACAGCUGUGGGGAGAUGGCCCUGACCCCAGGGUCCGCGGGGAAGAGGGAAACAGCGGUACCAUUCAAACUGACCAAAUAUUGGACUUGGCUACUACUCCUUGCGAAUCAGGCUUGGGAAAUACAGUACCACCUGUUGGACCGCAAAGGACCGUUGGACAGGUUACCGUCCAACCGUCAUGGAUGGGCCAGGCAGCGACAUUUCGACAAGAGAUUUACCAGCCACAAGCCACUUCAUCACUAA